UUUUAGCGCGGCACAGCAACCACCGGAAGUAGGACGCCUCUGUUUCCGGCCCUCACUCUCCCGGUCCCAAGAUAGAUCAAAGGCAGGCGGUGCAAUGUCGGCCAGUGCGGUCCACCUGGAGUCCGACGCCUUCCUGGUGUGCAUGAACCACGCCUUGAGCACCGAGAAGGAGGAGGUGAUGGGUCUGUGCAUCGGCGAGGUGGAGGCGGGCCGCGUGGUCCACAUCCACUCCGUCAUCAUCCUCCGCCGCUCCGACAAGCGCAAGGACCGCGUGGAGAUCUCCCCGGAGCAGCUGUCCGCCGCCUCCACGGAGGCCGAGCGUCUGGCGGCCAUCAGCGGCCGAGGCAUGCGGGUGGUGGGCUGGUACCACUCCCACCCGCACAUCACCGUCUGGCCCUCGCACGUCGACGUCCGCACGCAGGCCAUGUACCAGAUGCUGGACCGCGGCUUCGUGGGCCUCAUCUUCUCCUGCUUCGUGGAGGACAAGACCACCAGGACGGGCCGCCUGCUCUACACCUGCUUCCAGUCCGCCCAGGCCCAGAAGGGCGCCGACUACGAGCGCCUGGAGAUCCCCGUCCACGUCCUGCCGCGGGAGGCCAUCGGCAAAGUCUGCCUGGAGUCGGCGGUGGAUCUGCCGCGGAUCCUCUGCCAGGAGGAGCAGGACACCUACCGCAAGAUCCACAGCCUGGCCCACUUGGACCCGGUCACCAAGAUCCACAACGGCUCGGUGUUCACCAAGAACCUGUGCAGCCAGAUGUCGGCGGUGAGCGGGCCGCUGCUGCAGUGGCUGGAGGACCGGCUGGAGCACAACAAGCGGAGCAUCGCCGAGCUCCAGCGGGAGAAGGAGAGGCUGACGCGGGAGCUGAGCGCGCCUUGAGGGGGGUCCAGGCCUUGUUUGGCCAGCUUUAUUCGCGGGGAGGACGCAUUAUGUUAUCUGGUUACGGGGGUGGCCGGAGCCUAUCACAGCUGCAUUCGGGCGGAAUGCGGGGUACACCCUGGACAAGUCGCCACCUCAUCGCAGAGCCAACACAGAUACAGUUGUGAUCAAAAUGAUUCAACCCCCACACAAUUUUGGUGUUUUAGCAAGUUGGAUAUUUAUUCCAUAUUUUGUUUAUAGUCAUAUCAAAUAAAGAUGUAGACAAAUGCAACUUGAAUUACAUUAUAUUUUCUAACAUACCAAACAGUGUCAUUUCUCUUAAUAUCUCAUUGAAAAAAUUAUUCAACCCCUUAAAGAUCAUAACUCUUAAGAACAGAAUUCGAAUAAGGUUUUUUUCAAUCAGGUGUUGAAAACACCUGUAGAUGUGAUUAGAAAUAUAACGAGCAACAAUUAAAUUGAUUGAAAAAGACUGACGCUCAGCUUCUUGUAGAUGGUCAAUGGUGUAUUUGCAACAUGGUGAAGUCCAGGGAGUAGUCAAAGAAGUCAAGAAAGGAGGUAAUUCCUCUUCAUAAGAAAGGAUAUGGAUAUAAGAAAAUAGCAAAGACAUUACACAUUCCAAGAGACACAGUUGGGAGCAUAAUUUGCAAGUUUAAAGCUAAAGGCACAGUGGAAACACUACCUGGGCGUGGUAGAAAGAGGAUGCUGUGUGCAACUGCUGUCCGGUAUUUGAAGUGUACAGUGGUGAAAAACCCCCGGGUAACAGCUGAGGAACUACAACAGGACAUUGCAGAGGGGGGACGCAGGUUUCGUUCCAGACAAUAAGGCGCGCACUACGAGAUGAAGGCCUCCAUACCAGAACUCCCAGGCACACACCACUUCUGACUACCAGGCACAAGAAAAAUAGACUCCAGUAUGCCAAAAAUCAUCUGUACAAACCCCAAAGGUUUUGGGAAACUGUUCUAUGGAGUGAUGAGACAAAAGUGGAACUCUUUGGGACUAUGAAUCAACGUUAUGUCUGGAGGAGAAAAAAUGAAGCUUACAAAGAGAAGAACACCUUGCCUACUGUUAAGCAUGGUGGGGGGUCAAUCAUGCUCUGGGGCUGUUUCUCUGCCUCAGGUACCGGGAGCCUCCAGCGCGUUCAAGGCAUUAUGAAUUCUAUUUCCUAGCAGGAUAUAUUAGCUGCAAAUGUCAUGAAGGCUUGGGAGACGUUGGACCUUCCAACAGGACAAGGAUCCCAAGCAUACCUCCAAAUCAACAUCAGAGUGGUUGCAGAAGAAGGGCUGGAAGACUCUGGAGUGGCCUUCACAGUCACCAGACCUAAAUCCUCUAGAAAAGCUGUGGUGGGACUUGAAGAAGGCAGUUGCAGCACACAAGCCCAAGAAUAUGAAUGAACUGGAGGCCUUUGCCCAAGAGGAAUGGGCUACAAUACUGUAGAUGCUUGCAAGAAGCUUGUGUAUCACCUUUGAAGGAUGUCAUUACUGUUCUACUAAGUACUAAAGAUGCAUGGAACUAGGGGGUUGAAUCAUUUUGUCAAUGAGAUAUUAAGAAAAAUGUCCUUUUUUGCUAUUUUGUAAAAUACAGUGUUACAAUUUAAGUUGUCUAUUUGACACAUCUUUAUUUGAUAUGACUAUGAACAAAAUACAGAAUAAAUGUACAACUUGCUAAAACACCAAAAUUGUGUGGGGGUCGAAUAAUUUUUUUAACUAUGUUCUCUGCUGGCUGUACAUAUCCUACUAAGUCACACCUACACUGUUUCAAUGUCCACAUUUCUCUGUUGAUGCAAUUGUUGAUGACUGAAGUACUGAUAUCAACUAAAACCUCCUCAUCCCACCCCCCGGAUUGUAAAUAAUGUAAAUAAUUCAAUGUAUAUACUAUGAUGAUUAACUUGUGUGAUGACUGUAUUAUGCUGAUAGUAUAUAUUUGUACCAUGAAUUGAUUAACGUGGACCCCGACUUAAACAAGUUGAAAAACUUAUUGGGGUGUUACCAUUUAGUGGUCAAUUGUACGGAAUAUGUACUGUACUGUGCAAUCUACUAAUAAAAGUAUCAAUCAGUCAGAACUCUUUUGGCAGAGCGUGGUGAGACACAGUACAGGGGUACAGUCUCCAGACGUCU